AUGAGUGGAUAGCCUAUGAAUAAUGAUGUUUUCAUUGCAACACUAUAGAAGUGUUAAAAUCUUUCGGAAGAAAGUAAACGAUAUAUUUAAACAAAGUAUAGUCAUUUUAGAGAGUUUGAAUGGCAAUUAGGAGGCAUAUUAAUUGGCAUAAUUGAGUAAAGCAUAUACGCUUAAAAAGUAGAUAUUCUUAAUUUUGUUGAGUAAUUAAGAAGGAAUUAGAUGAAUAACAAAGUUGUUACCAGAAGUGUGUCUUAGUCUGCAUAAUAAUAAUUUUUUUUUUAUGUUAAAGACAUAAUCGAUAAAAGUGAUUUAAACAUGUUAAACCAAAAAAUUAAAGAUGCAUCCUUUUAGAAAAUAUGCGAGUAAAUUUUAAUAGAAUAAAUAAACCAAAAUUAGAAAUUGAAGCAAUAUUCUUAAUUAUCUUAAUAAUAACUUACAAAUAAUUCUCAAAAUUACAUUUAGCCUGAAGUAAUUUAGUAUUUAACAGAGAUUCUUUAAUCUAAAAUAGUUUUAAUUAAAUAUAACACCUCUUUAAAAUAAUUCUAUUAUCAAUAAUUUAAAUCUGUAAAAAGAGAUACAGAUAUAACUAUUUACUCUCUACCAAAAAGCUUAAUAGUUUGUAUUAGAAAUAAAACAUAAGUUAAUAAUAUGGAAGGAAUAGGAGAUGGAUUUAUUAAUGUCACAGAUAUGAAGGUUAGACAACAAAGCAGUUAGUAAGCAAAUUAUAACAGCAAUACUAGCAGCAUCAACAGAACAAUAAUAUCAUUAUAAGAUAAUAAGAGAGAAUCUAGCUUCUAACCCUCAUAAUAAUUUGAAAAUAUGAAAUUAUGUGACAAAUGUAAAAAAGCAUUAGAUAUAAUUCUUCUAUUCAAAAAUUAAUAAUGUAAACAAGGCCAUUAUUAUUGUUUUAAUUGCUUAAGUUAAAAAAAUAAUUAAAAAUUUUGCCUUUAAAACACUUGUAAUAGUUAGAUGGCUCCCGAAUUAGUUAAUCAAUUCUUACAAAAUUAUUCAAAAUAACUAUUGCUAUAUAAAAAACAAUAAGAGCUUAAGUAGUAGUAGUAGUAACAAUAAUAAUAGCAAUAGUUAUAAUAAUAACAAUAUUAACAAUAAUAACAAUAACAGUAAGAAGUUAAACAAAAAGAUCAAGUGUAAAAUUAGCCAAUUAUUAAAUGUGUCAAAUGCAAUAAUUAAGUUAAUAAAGAUACUUUUUAUUAUGGUAAUUGUGCACACCCACUAUGCUUUGAUUGCAUUUAAAAAAAAUACUUAGAAAGUUUAAAAUAUACAUAUUAAUAUGCUCUUAAGUGUGAUGAAUGCUUUUAAUCGCUCGAUAUAAAUAUGAUUAAAGACUUUAUAUAAAGUAAAUAAGAAUCUAGUCAAAAAAAAUGUUUGGAGUGCAAUAAAAUUUAACCUGUGGAAUCAUUAUUCCUUACUUAAUGCAGACAUUUAUUUUGUUAUGAUUGUAUUUAUUAAUAAUAUAAUAGUUAUAAGCAAGGUAACACAUCAAUAAAGUGUAAAUUAUGUUAUACAAUAAUCUAGAUUGAGAGUAUAGUCAAUUUCUUAAAUCAAAAUAAAAAUAGAUAUUCUGAAUCGCCUAGCAAAUAAAAUAAAGGAAAUAAUCCAAAUAAGGAUUAAUUGUCUCAAUCUAUAAAUUUUCAAGAUAAUUAGCAAAACAGUCAAAGAAUCCUACCUGGUUAAUAGGCAUCUCCAUUAAAAUCUUGUGUUAAAUGCAGCAAAUUAAAUACAUUAUCAAGUAUGUUUAUUACUCCAUGCAACCAUGGAUACUGCAUUUAAUGUCUGUGUGAACUUCAAAGUAUUUAUAAAAAAGAUUUUAAGUGUAUUGGAUAAUACUGCUCAAAUUUGAUACCAAUUUAAUCAAUUAGCCAUUUUAUAAUCAACUAAAGUAAGAAUAAACAAGAAAAUCCCCAAAAUAAUUAUUAAUUACCGAUCAGCUAGUCAAUAGAUUCAAACAAAUAUAAUUAAAAUAUCUCAGAUGUUCCUAAGUGUUUAAUGUGUAGAUCUAAGUUUAAGAAAAAUGAGUUAUUUUAUGUUAAAAGCUGCCAGCAUAGUUUUUGUUAUAAAUGCCUUUGUACUAAGUAAUUUGAAAGCGAUUAAAUUAGAUGCUUUGAAACUGGAUGUAAAUCAAUAAUAAAUGUUGAUGAAAUAGAAGAAUUUCAUUUCUAACACUAAAUGAUGAGCUCUUAGCAUCUUUAAGGAAAAAAUGAGUAAAAAUUUGAAGUUGUAUGCUCUUAUUGUAAAAAAUAAGAUAUCAUAAGUUCUACUUAAAAACCAGACUAUUUUAAGUGCUCUUCCUGCUAAAAAGUUACUUGCUUGGUACAUUAAGGCUAAGUUCCUUAAUGUAGAUGCUACUGUGAAAAGUGUGGAAAUUAAUGCAAAAUCUGUGAAAAUACAAUAAUGUGUCCAAAAUGCAACUAUUCCUACUGUAUGAAUUGUAAAUAAACUGAAGUAGGAAAUAAAAUUUGUCAAUGUGUAUGUGGAUAUUGUGGAACCUAACUGAAAGUUUCAAAGUAGCUCUGCAAAUGUAUUGAAAAUGUAUGUUCUAUCUGUCUGAAUAGUUUUGAAAAUGUGCAACUUAAUAGUUUUGAUGAUAGUCUGCUAAGAAAAAAUCAAUGUAUCCAUUUCUACUGUAAUAUUUGUUACUAUAAAAAGGUCACUUUUGAAACUCAAAACAAGCAAUUUGGUAAUCUUAAAUUCUAAUGUCUGUUUUGUUGA